UUCCCUGACCACUUCUUCGAACACUGGAACGGAUAUAAUGUCAUGCCCCCUCUGCACGAUCCUGUCCCCGUCGGGGCACUCUGCCCGCAGUUCUACGGGUAUUACACACCCGAUGAUCCAACUGAUGGCACGAAUCAUCCCAACUAUUUGAGUCCGAUCUUACUUCUCGAGUGCUGUGGCGAGGAGAUAAACCCAGAUGAGUUGUGCAUAGACGACAAGCAAGAAUGCGCAUCGCUUCUCUUCCGCUUCCAUCAUGCAGGGUGGUUGCACGAGUCUUUCGCAGCGCGGAACAUUCUGUGGCAGCAGGGAAAGCCAACGGAGUGGCCAAUCCAGCGGGCGUUCUCGACCAAGAGCUUCCGCCUGAUCGACUUUGGUAGAUCGAGAAAGAUGGAUAGUUCAUUGACGAGGGCGAGCGAGGAAGACACAGCUUUGCGCCUGCUCCACCUAUUGCAUCAUGCA